UCCUUCUGUCAGUUUUCCAAAUUCAUAGAACAGCGAAAAUCGAAAAAUCUUUGCAGAUUUGCUCAAGCAAAAAUACUUUCUGCAGUCGUUUUGUAUCAAGAUAUAUUUUACUAUUUUUUUCUAUACAUACGAUCUGUGAAACGUGUUAUACGUGCGUAGUUCGGUUAAGAUAAACAAGUUUUGUAACUAUAAUUUGUUUUCGUGCAGAUCUUCUACUAUCUGCUAUUUGGCACCUUGUAUCGGAUUAGUUCCAGUUAAUACACCCAAGGACACAUUUCUUGUAAUAUCAAUGAGUAAAAUGACAAAAAACAAACUCAAUUUGACGUUGCCACCUGGUUCCGUGGAUGUUCCUGCUGGACAACAAACAACGCCAACACCCUCCUUUAAAACUCCAUCAGGUACCGAAUACGUGAUUGGAAAACACAAUCUUUUGGGAAAAGCUAAGAACAGCAUCGAUGCACUUACCGAAACAUUGGAAGAACUUGAAAUGGAAGAAAGUGCACGUAAACGCAUUAAAGUGUUUCUCAGUCAAAAAGAAAAAAUUGGCGAACUCAGUGAUGAGGAUUUAGAGAAACUAGGCGAGUUGGGUUCCGGAAAUGGGGGAGUUGUAAUGAAGGUACGUCACAUUCCUACGCAGCUCAUAAUGGCACGCAAAUUGAUACACCUAGAAGUAAAACCUGCAAUCAAAAAGCAGAUUAUACGAGAACUUAAGGUAUUACACGAGUGUAAUUUUCCGCACAUAGUUGGAUUCUAUGGCGCAUUCUACAGUGAUGGAGAGAUAAGCAUAUGUAUGGAAUACAUGGAUGGUGGCUCAUUAGACCUAAUUUUAAAACGAGCAGGAAGAAUCCCGGAAGCUAUUUUGGCAAAAAUAACAUCGGCAGUACUGAAAGGACUAAGCUAUCUGAGAGAUAAGCAUGCCAUUAUGCACAGGGAUGUUAAACCGAGCAACAUUCUUGUAAAUAGCAGUGGAGAGAUAAAGAUUUGUGAUUUCGGCGUUUCCGGUCAGUUGAUUGAUUCAAUGGCCAAUUCUUUUGUAGGUACUCGAAGUUAUAUGUCGCCCGAGCGCUUACAAGGAACGCAUUAUUCUGUUCAAUCUGACAUAUGGUCACUGGGACUCUCUUUAGUUGAAAUGGCGAUUGGAAUGUAUCCGAUUCCUCCUCCAGAUGCAAAAACAUUAGAUUUAAUAUUUCAGGAGCGUGGAGAAGACUGCUCUCCUGGACAAAGCAUAAUUGAACCUAAACCAAUGGCUAUUUUCGAACUACUGGACUACAUUGUAAACGAACCUCCGCCUAAGUUAGAGCACAAUUCUUUUACCGACCGUUUUAAAAAUUUUGUUGAUCUUUGUCUAAAGAAGAACCCCGAGGAGCGUGCAGAUUUAAAAACACUCAUGAAUCACGAAUGGAUUAAAAACAUUGAAACGGAGGACGUUGAUAUUGCAGGAUGGGUGUGUAAAACCAUGGAUCUUGCACCAUCUACGCCCAAAAGAAACGCGUCACCAUUUUCAAAUUAAUUUGUGCAAGGGUUUUUUGAGUUGUAGGGGGAGCUUUUUUAAUUUGAUCGACGUUAUGGAAGGUCAAAUAACACGAGACAUUUACUUUGCAGUUCAUUGUGGUUUAGUACCGGAGAAAAAUAACUUCAGUUUAUGUAUUUAUUAUAACAUUUUUUUAAUAUAUUUAACCUUUUUCCACUACGUUUCUAUGAGUCAUCUUAAAAAAAUAUAUAUAAAUAUAUAGGCUAUAGCAGCGGUCGGUAAACUUGCGACCGGAACUAAAUUCUACAAAACAACUUUGUUGAGUUUCAUGUGAAGAGCCAAAUUGUUAAACCAUGAGCAAAAAUGUGUAAAAGUUCUUUGAAAUAUAUGAACUGUUUACAGCCACCAUCUCGAUAUCAAAAAGCCGUACCUUGCCGAUCCCUGGACUAUAGCCAUCAAUCUAAAUUACAAUAAAGCUAUAUUUUUACCAUCGAGUUACUUAGAUCAUAACUGUGAUCCAGCCAAUCACACUCAAAUUUUUGAUGAAAAAAACCUAAUGGAAACUCAAACAAAUUCAAUAAAAAAAUAAAUGUGUAAAACAUCUCGAUUCGAACUAUAAUGAUUUCAAAAA